GCGUGGGCUCCUCUCUGGCCUAUUUUAAGCCCAAGCAGCUGGUGCUGUAGGCACCAAUGCUGGCUUCCCGGGCAGCAGCCAAGGGACGUGGGGCCCUCUUCCAGCGGCUCCCGCAGCAUGGCCACUGGCAGAGGCACAACGGCUGCAGCGGUUGCUGGCCCCACAGCGAUGCCCAGGGAGGCUGGAGAAGAAAUUGAGAUGAAGGCAGACACUUCCCCACCCAGGGAGCCCAUCGACCUCAAUGGCAACGACCUGGCAGAGAUCAACCUGCACUCGGUGGAGUCCAUCAGUGACCUGUAGUGGGUGUCUGGGGGCCACAAGGCCCCGGAGGGGAACGGCCUGUCUCAGUCCACCACUCCACAGACCCCUCAGGCCCACUCCACCAAGUUCCAUGGGGCUGGGCCAGCCCUCCUGCCGACACUGCAAGCCGUCCGCACCACCCCCAUCUGCUCCUGCUUCCACCCUGCCUGCUGCCGCACAGCCCUCUUUGCCCUGCUCGGGGCCCUGGUGCUGGCCAGCCUCACCCUCGCCACGCUGGCCGUGUACCUGAGCGUCCUGCAGAGUGAGUCGCUGCGGGUCCUGUCCCAGUGGCUGGAGGCCCAGGAGGAGUCCGUGCGGCAGAUGAGGGCCACGAGCCUGCAGCUGUGGAAGCGGUUGAAUGUCAGCGAGGCCGGGGACCAGAUGUGAGCCACCCAGCCCAGCCUGCUGCUCCUUCUGAUGGGGGAGGGCAGAAGUCAGGCACUGCCUCCCGCACCCCUGGGCAAGCACCCCCCAUCUGCAGGGAACAU